AGGUACGAGGCGAGUGUAGAAGCAAAACGUCGUCUCGCGAAAUCAAAACCAACAAGAAAAAUGCUGAACCGUUCAAAGCUGUGGCUUUUCUUAGUAAUUGCAACGGGAUGCUAUCAAGCGCAGGUGAACGCUCAGGUGUUCUCAAUUGGACCUUGCCCAAGUGUCAACGUCGUCUCUAACCUUGAUAUUGAUCGAUACGUGGGCAAAUGGUACGAGAAUCGCAACUACUUUGCCAUCUUCCAGGCUGGACUCGAUUGCGUAACGGCGGAGUACGCGAAAGAGGGAGAUAAGGUCAGCGUGAAAAACGUCGGAAGAAAAAAAAUCAUUCGAACGCAAUCAACCGUAAUUGGAACAGCUCGCCAAUUAGAACCUCCCAAUGGCAAACUUGGAGUGACUUUUUCCGGUAUUCCAUUUGCACCGGCCGACGCACCUUAUUGGGUAUUGGGCACUGAUUACGAUAAAUAUGCCGUGGUAUGGAGCUGCACCAGUCGCGGAUUUUUCAAUUCACAAAUUGCUUGGAUUCUAACUCGUGAUCAAUUUCCGUCCACCACAACAAUCAACACCGCAUUGGCCGUGAUGGCGUCAAACGGAAUCGAUCAGAGCAAACUGCAGAUAACGAAUCAGAAAAAAUGCUGAUCGCGAAAUCUUAAUUCAUCGAUCAAUUCGCUAGCCAGUCAACAACGAGCCUAAAAAUCCCGCAUGGUUCUUGAAAAUUGCCCAAUUUUUAUUUGCAUUAUUUAAAAAAGAAAAAAAGUCGCUAUUUGAUUUAAUUAA